ACAUAACUUCACGCUCGCAAGCAUAGACUACGCCCUGAAAAAGCUUUUUAUGGUAGAGUCUACUGUAUGUUUUGCUUAUACCUAGGGAGAGCCUUCAAUUAACAUGGCUAUUCUGUUUAUUAUUCUCUUGCUUGGAGCUGCUAACAGUCAAGAACUGAGGUAUGCUUUGUUCACUUCUGGAACCACUGGAGAUUUCGACUCAUCUGGGGUUAUCCCAGCCAUUGAGUUAGCGGAGGAGCUAAUUAAUGCUGACAGCUCUAUUCUACAUGGCUACAAUCUCACUCACACACCUGUGGUGGACACAAUGUGUGAUAGAACAGGGUCACUAAAUGAAUACUUUGAUGCCAUUUCUCCACCCCACCCGAUUGUGCUUGGUCUCCUGGGCUGUGGCUGCUCAGUGGCCUCUACUCCUGUGGCAGAGAUCAUUCACCACAACAGUAUCUCACAGGUUUCGUACGUGUCAUCUUCAAUUGAGUUGAGUGACAGAAGUCGUUUCCCCAACUUCUUCCGUACCUACCCUUCAGAUGCUGACUUUACCCCAGCCAUAGUCAGCCUCAUUCAAGAGUAUGGCUGGAGACGCAUUGCCUUCAUCACUCAAGAUGAGAGCUUGUUUACUGAGGCUCUAACGAGAGUAAGAGAUCCCCUGAGGAGAGCAAACAUAGAUGUGGAUAUUAGAAUGAUCUCACCCUUACUCCCAAUGAUUAGACAAAGUAUCAAAGAAAACAAUUUUUUUUUUGAAGAUGAUAACUAUAGAGUUUUCUUCCUCAACACCUACUCAGCUGUUGGCCGACUAAUUCUUUGUGAGGCCUACUUAAGGGGGUACACUUAUCCCAAAUAUGCGUGGUUGACCUACGGCUGGUACCAGGACAGGUGGUGGACAGAGGAGGUCAACCCAGAGCCAACAAACUGCACUGAUGACCAACUAGCAGAGAUCCUGCACAGAUCCAUUGCACUUCAGUUGCUGCCAAAUUUGAAUGAACCAGAUCUUACAACUGAUACUAGAUUGACACCUGGAGAUUUUGAAUAUUUCUAUCGUAUGAGACUUUUGCGAACUGAAAGUUUAAUCAAUAACUAUAGUUACAUAUUUUUUGCCACUGUGGCUUACGAUGCUCUCUGGACAUUUGCUAUCGCGUUGAACAGGACCAAUGAGAUGGUUGGCAGUCUGACAAAAGAGGAGAUAUUGAACAUGACUCGGUGUGGAGGGACUGGUGAGGAGACUGGUGUAGAGUGGGAGGUGGUGUCACUGGAGAACUUCACCUACUCCAAUCAGCUCAUGGGCUGCAUCAUCAGGUGGAACCUGGAGAGAACAGACUUUGUGGGGGUGUCUGGACGAGUGAAGUUUGAUAGUUCUGGAUCACGAAUUGUUGACAAGGUGGAGUUCUUGCAGUAUCGAUUAACAAACAGCACCUUGGAACGUGUGUACUUCGGUUUCACUGAAAACGUUAAUGAUUCGGAAGUUGAAUUCUAUUACAAACCUGGAGUAAACAGCAGUAAUGUGUUUCCUUCUUCUGAGGGAGGCAUCCCACGUGAUGGAACCCCAGUCCCUCAAUUCCUUACAUUUAAUUUAGCUCUGGUGAUUCCCUACUACACAUUGGCAGCUGUCGGCCUUGUCUUCUGUACUGUGUGCCUGAUCUUCAAUUUUAUGCAGAGAAAAAAGAAGGUUGUCAAGAUAACCAGCCCCAACAUAAACUACUUCAUCAUUGUCGGAGCUUACUGUCAUUACAUAUCCAUCUUCUUCAGAGUCCUACCCAGCACGGAAUAUGAGUUGAAUGCAAUAAGGUGUUACGCUGAUUCUCUAUUCAAUACGAUCGGCUACAGCUUAGCCUUUUCAGCAAUCCUUGUCAAAAUGGGAAGAGUCUACUACAUUUUCCACAACCCAUCACUUUCAAAAAAAACGUUGAAUGACUGGAAGCUGGUGCUACUGGUAGUCGGUAUUUCUUCUGUUGGUGUAUUGCUGUCGAUAAUACAAGUUUCCGUGCCCCAAUUACAACCAAAUCCAUCUCCAUUGAGCCUCACUGAGGACUCACAAGACAAAAGGCGAAAUGAGUUUGGAGAAAGGAUAAAUGAAAUGGUGUAUCAGUGUUUUCCAGGAACCAUUCAGACAAUCUAUCUGGUAGUGACACUUGCAUACCUAGCAAUCCUUCAAAUCAUUGGAAUCGUCCUCGCUAUUCAAACACGCAAAAUCAAGAUCAAGCUGCUGAACGACUCCAAGUACAUUGCUGCAGUGAUCUACAUCUCAAGCAUUGCUCUGGUGCUCAUUGCAAUUGUCACACUAGUGCCCGGAAUUUAUAUCAAUAUAAUUGAAGCCAUCUUCUCCGGGAGUCUCCUUAUGGCCACAACAUUCUUUCUGGGCCUAAUUUUCAUUCCUAAGAUGGUGAGUUUGUACAGAGACCCUGAGGGUGAGUAUGUAUUCAAUACAGCUGGCAAUACUCUGAAUACCAACGAAAUGAACCUAAACCUUGUCAGUGGAGAAGUGACAACUCAAAUGAGGGAAAAAAUUGUCGAGUUAGAGAGUCUUCUAGAGAAGAGUCAGAAUGGCCGUACAUUGACCUGUUCAACUUGUCAUCCUGACGACCAGCCGAUUACCAUAGAUACUCAUAUCUCCAGUUCACCUGCAGAUACAGGCUGCAGUAUCAUUGUCCUCAACACUGAAGAAAUCGAAGAGUUCAACCAUUGUUGACGAACAGACUGCUGAUUAUAAUUAUAACUGAGACACUCGUUAUAAAACACUCGUUUAACUUUUUUUUUAAGCCACUUAAGAGUUGCAAGCAACAUUAUACAGCCCCUCCCCUAUAGUUUUGCAUCCUGACAAAAUUGAUCAUUAAUUAUCUAUAUAUAAUUAUUAGCAAGUGCAUCA